UUCGUUCUUCUCUCCAUUCCUCCGACAUCAUUCGUUCUGCCUUUUUGUCGCUCUCGUUGACGCCUCGCCAAGCAUAUUAUAUACGACAACGUAGGCAUGUGGCUGACAGUUUACUCCGAGAUCUUGAUCCGCUCGACACGCGAAGGAUUGAAAGUAUUCCGAAAGUAUAAUUGCGUUUACUUGCUUCCUGAAUUUUCUUUCUCUCUGAUCAAAACCACAUCGAAGAAGAAGCAGAGAAAAAAGUGACGCAAAGAUGGAAAUGCACGUUACAAACGUAAAUGACAGCAUAAAUAUUACAACCACAGAAGCAUAUAUGUUCACAUCGGAGGUAUCUCUCACUGCCCAAGAGGAGGAUGCGAUUAUAACAUUAGUGGUAGUUGUGAUCGGCAUUAUCAUCGCUAUAAUGAUGUUAUUCUCGAUGGGUAUCUUUAUAGAUUGUAAACAUCAGAAAACAGAUUCUAUGAAAAAAAGAAAACUGAGAUUGAAAAUGCCGCCAUUAGCACGAAGAAAUCGAAAAGACGAAGUAAAAGCUUUAGCUUCGAAUAUGUGUCCAAACGCUAACGAUAUUGGAUUUACAGUGAGGGAUGCUAUAGUCUGAUGUGUUCGGAACAAUCCUUAUUUUAUACAGGCUUCACGGAAGAUUUGAGAAAUAUAUAUUUUAUUAUAUAAUAAUAAAUAGUUAGUAUUUAGUAUUAAAGUCUUGACAAAAGUGCACGCGUGUGCGCCAUUAAAAUACUAUUCAUAUUUAAUUCUCAAAGAGAUGAAUCUAUUGUCAAAUGUGUCUACUAUAUACAAUUUAACUUCGUAAUUAAGAUAUAAAUUUGCAGAAUAGUUUUUUUACAGUUAAAACUAAUUAGGAUGCUUAUUUUAUGCAACAAAUAAACAUUUACUUAAGUAAACUAGAUAACGUAAUAGAUAUAAAUACAGUUUUAAAGGUAUACGGAAAAAAAUUAGCUGGCAUAGCUAAAAACUGGGUGUGGUAACUAGAUUUCAGUUGUAACAUAUGGACAACGAACAUCUUAGCUGUGACACCUAUUUAUUAGGUGCAACAGCGAACAUCUUAGCUGCGAUACCUAUCUAUUAGGUGCAACAGCAAACCGUUUUGCUGUAAUUUAUAAAUUUAUUUU